CUCACCUUCCUGCUAUUGAUCUGCCUAUCUUCUCUCUCUCUCUCUCUCUCUCUCUCUCUCUCUCUCCGGCACUCAGUCCUUCGCCAUCUUGAACCCGCUCAUGUGUUUUCUACCCCCACCCAAUCCGCUCCCAUGCCGCCUUCUUCCAUCUGCCAAGAGCCCACCAAUCUCCACGACCUCUGCUGCCUCCUCCCCUUCGAUUCCCUCGUCGCUCGAUUCCCGUUCUUCCCCAUCGCUUCCUCCUCCGUUCCCUUGAACUCCACCUACCUCUACCGCCGCUCGCCCUCCCUCGCCGCGCUUCCCGGAAGAGCGUCGUCGUCUCUGUCUUCGAAGCUCAACCGUCUCUGGAGCGAGUUCAAUCGGUUCUCGCGGAUCCACUGCGAGCGUCGUGCCUCGAUUGGGUUCGCCUCCCUCGGCGUCUCCGGCGGUGAGAUUCGGCUGGAUGAUGAGGGCCCCAGCGUGGUCGAGGAGGACGGGGCGCCCGUCAAUGGCGUGGUGGAGUGCGAGAGGUCGAAGAAAGUUCUCAUCUUGAUGAGCGACACUGGCGGCGGGCAUAGGGCGUCGGCCGAGGCCAUUAAGGCCGCUUUCAAUCAAGAGUUCGGAGAAGAGUACCAGGUGUUUGUGACGGAUCUGUGGACCGACCACACACCCUGGCCGUUCAAUCAACUGCCUAGGAGCUAUAACUUUUUGGUGAAGCACGGUGCUUUGUGGAAAAUGACAUACUAUGGAUCCGCCCCUCGCUUGGUGCAUCAACCACAUUUUGCAGCAACUUCAACGUUAAUAGCUCGAGAAGUUGCAAAAGGGUUAAUGAAGUACCAGCCUGAUAUUAUUAUUAGUGUUCAUCCACUAAUGCAACAUGUCCCUCUUCGAAUCCUAAGGGCGAAAGGUCUGUUGAAGAAGAUCAUCUUUACUACAGUUGUGACAGAUCUGAGCACAUGCCAUCCAACAUGGUUCCAUAGGCUCGUAACAAGAUGCUAUUGCCCUUCUACUGAGGUGGCAAAGAGGGCAUUAAAAGCUGGUUUGCAGCCUUCACAGAUCAAGGUCUAUGGCCUUCCAGUGCGUCCUUCUUUUGUUAAACCAAUUCGACCAAAGGUGGAAUUAAGAAGGGAUUUAGGGAUGGAUGAGGAUUUACCUGCUGUUUUGUUGAUGGGCGGUGGGGAAGGAAUGGGUCCUAUUGAGGCUACUGCUCGGGCACUGGGUGAUUCAUUGUACAGUGAGAAUCUUGGAGAACAUAUAGGUCAGAUCCUGAUAAUUUGUGGCCGAAACAGAAAACUUGCCAACAGAUUGCAGUCAAUUGACUGGAAAGUUCCUGUGCAGGUAAAAGGUUUUGUUACUAAGAUGGAAGAAUGCAUGGGUGCUUGUGACUGCAUAAUUACCAAAGCAGGACCAGGUACUAUUGCGGAAGCAAUGAUCCGUGGUCUUCCUAUUAUUCUGAAUGACUAUAUUGCUGGGCAGGAAGUUGGUAAUGUUCCUUUUGUUGUGGACAACGGAUGUGGAAAGUUCUCAAAAUCACCAAAAGAGAUUGCAAAGAUAGUCGCCGAGUGGUUUGGUCCGAAGUCUGAUGAGUUCAGAGCCAUGUCUCAGAAUGCUCUAAAGCUUGCACGUCCAGAUGCGGUCUUUAAGAUUGUUCAUGAUCUUCACGAGUUGGUCAGAGAAAGAAGUCUUGUACCACAGUACUCUUGUGCAGCUUGACUUCAGUAUCAAUCUCUGCCGAUCCUUUGCUUCGAUAUAGUUGACUAGAUCAAUGUUUGUGAUUUGUAGCAAUGUGUUCAAUUUUUUUCAGUGUUUGUAUCUGAGAUGGAGGAAAUUGGUUCAUAAUGUCCAGUUGUAAUGCCCACUGGUGGACAUUCAAAUCUGAAGAGUAAACUCUGAUGCCUAACUGUGCAUAUUAAGCAUAAACACUGUAUGUCGGAUGUCAUUUGAGAACUUACAAGCAUUAUAUCCUAUCUUAUACAUAUAUAUGUAUGAGGGAAAGAUAUAUGGAAUCAAUCCUUAGUUCAUCUUCUUCCAGGAGUGAGAGAUGCUGACAGGCGAUGACACGAAUAUUGAAGCGAGAGGAGAAGAUGGCAUGUCGGCACGAGUCUGGAAGUGUCAGGAAGGAAAUCUAAGGCUGGAUGGCACAAACCAUGAAGCGUGAGGAGACGAUUGGAAGGUACGAAACUUGAAGCAUGAGGAGACGAUGAUGUUAUAACAUGAAUCUUGAAGUUGGGGGAGAUGAUGGAAGGACACAAAUAUUUGCUUAGUUUUUAAAUAGACAUAAUGUUUUGAUAGAGGUGUCAAAAGCACUAUAAACCUAUUCAAAAACACUGGAACCAGCAUGAAUUCUCUUUAUUUA